GUGUCACAAACCUUUAAACCCUUCCAUGGCUUCCUCAACAAAUAACCACUUCACUUUCCUGCUUCUCUCAUUUUUAUUUAUCCUAAAAAAAUCGUCAUCUUUGGGAAAUCAUUCCUCCAUCGAUGGAAUUUUGCUGUUUUCACCUAAACAUGUCGUGAUCUACAACACAUUGACCACACGUGCAACAUUGGUCGUACAUUGUAUGAAUAAAGAGAAAGAUUUGGGGAUAAAAACGCUCCCAAUUGGAGCUAGUUUUGAUUUCAGAACAUGGAUAAUAAGAAGGACCAGAAGUCAAAGGAAUCUAAGCAGAGGUUGAGAUGGAGUUGUGAGCUUCAAAACAGAUUCAUCGAUGCUAUUAAUCAACUUGGUGGACUAGAAAAAGCGACGCCCAAGAGUUUGAUGAGGAUUAUGGAGAUUCCUGAGCUUACUUUGUCCCAUCUUAAGAGCCAUUUACAGAAAUAUCGGCUGGUAAAAAGCAAGAGAUUCGUUGAUAACAAGCAAGAAGAUGAAAUUCUAGAAGCUCAGAAUCCUAGAGAUCAUCAACUAGACAUUAUUGUCACCCAAAACGAUGAUCAACCUAACAAAAACUUGCAUAUCAAGGAGGCGCUAGAGAUACAGUUGGAAGUCGAAAAGAAGCUUCACGAACAAAUUGAAGUGCAGAGACAGUUGCAAGUGAGGACAGAGGCACAAGGGAAAUAUUUAGAGUCAGUGUUAAUUAAAGCUCAAGAAACACUCUCCGGUUACAGAUCUUCGAAUUUCGGCAUAGACUUUGCUAGAUCCGAAUCCGAACUCUAUAGAGUAGCACCAAUGGAGAACAGAAGCUGUCUCAGCUCUUCUUUUUCUGAACUGACGCAAGUAGAUGAAGAAGAGCAGGUUGAGGAAAAAGAAGCUUUCUUAGGAUCCAAGAAACAAGAAAACAGAGGAAUUCGACAGACGAGAAAUUCAGUUGACAGCUCCUUGACUUUGCCGGAGAGCUUAGAAACUGACAGCGAUUAUCAGAGUGUUAUGAGGAAAUCGAGUGAGCUUGAGUUGAUGGAGUUAAAACCAGAGGAAGUGAUGAAGCAAAAGAAGAGAAGCUGGAACGGCGCCGUUUGCAUGGAACAACCUAUUAGGAAGAGAGGUUUUAGAUGUCACGAGGGUGAAGACUUGGGAUUGAGUUUGAAUUGUUUCAAGGGCAUGUAAACGUGUUCACUAUUUUUCUAAAUUUCGUAGAAAAAAGAAGUCUUGCAAUACUAAACCAAAAGAGUUAUU